ACAAGUAGGGCGCGAGGGUGCCGGCGCGCGGCGCGGCCUGACUCCUGCCGCUGACAUCACUGCACACAGCCGUCGCGCCGCUGCCACCCCUCGAAGCUUUCCGCUUUAAAUAUUCUUAAUAAGCCUAAACUGAAUUCAGUCUCAAACUUCACGCCCUAUUUUCUUAUUGGAGGUCCCGUGGCCUACGUAAAACAACGUUCAUUGGUUUGGUAUUCCUAAUUGUUGUUGAUUCACUGUUAAUCAAAUAAUCUUAUUAUAAUACGAUUUAUACUGAAAAUCUGAAAAUGGUAUUAGUUGAAAGUGGCGUAUUGAAACCACGCGUUACGCUUACAUGCAGGAGGCUCAACUCCGGCCUACUUAGAAUCUGUAAUGAAACCUCUUCUCACAGACCGAUAGUAAUAACCUCAAUCGGGACUAACUCUGCGACUAAACAAAUAAAGCAAAGGAUGAUAACAUCAUCCUUUAACAGAAACAAAAACAAGUUACUUAGAUUCGGGACGCCAUCGCGCCAUCGCAAAGCAGACUAAAUAGCUUUAAGCCUCUUUAACAUCUUUUGUAACAUUAUGGAAUGCAAAUAAAUAUAUGAAAUAUGUAUUGCGUUUGCCUAGACAAAAACAUUUUGAGAACAUCUCUGCCCGUUGUGAAAUGUAAAUGUUCGGAGUCAGUCGACCGAUAACAAGUGCGAUUCAUUGCGCUUAGUAAUCAUGAUGUUGUAUUAGUGUCGGCACUCGAGGCGGCUCCGCAGCGCGGCUCGCUGUCGAGUAGCUCCAGUAAGAGGGCUCGAGUGCUCUCGGGCCCGCCACUUUGACAUUAAUACAGAGACAAUUUCUGUAGCUUAUAACUAUUUAAACACUAUAUAGUUAUUGCUAACUUGCCAACAUUCUGUAACGCACAAACUAGUUUUAAGUUCGUGCUGUUUUACGAUUAACAAUACCUACAAUAACUCUGCUUCGUCGCUAAUCAGGACGCACUGACAGCCAGUAAUUAUAUUCAAACGUCUCUGUCGACGAAGGUGGCGCAGCGCAUGUCAUUCGGUCUGCUGGGCGGCAAGACGGCGGCGCGCUGCGAGUUCGUGCGCAUGAAGGGCCCGAGCGGCAAGGGCCACGCCGAGAUGGCGGUGUCGCGGCCGCACGGCGCCGGGCUCGACACGCCCAGCUCCGAGCCCGGCCUGGCCGCCACCGACAUGUGGGACUCCGACUGGGAGGACGACCCCGAGGACAUGCUCGUCUACAGGCACCAGCGGCGGCUAAGCGACCCUAGCGCCAACAUCCAUAACUUCGUGCGCGGCGGGUGGCGCACGCGCGACCCGCGCGAGCCGCGCGACAAGAGCCGCUCCGAGAACGAGGGCCUGGACGCGCUCGGCAGCGGCCUGGCGGAGGUGGAGGCGGGGGACCUGCGCGACGGUGAGCAACACUUACUGAUUACUCUUCAUUGAUGUCAGUGUCAAUAACAAUCGAAAUUCGUAACGGCAAAUUGAAAUUCUUUCGAUCUCAAUGAAGACGUUUAAUGGAUCUGAUUGGAUAAAUUAAUAUGACAUUGAAUGUUCUUGGUCAAUGACUCGAAUAUGUUCCAUUGA